AUGCAACUCUUCCACCACCACAAUCGAAUGACGCGGAGGGACGAUGAGAGGCCGAGACCACCACCGAGACGGAGAGGACGUGUUUAUGAGGAGCCCGAGUAUGCGUAUACCGGAGAUCUGUAUCCAGGCUUGGGUCAAAGUCAGGUCAAUCUACCUGUGAUGCCGGCGACUCCACCCCCGCCGUACGACGCGUAUGAGAAUCAGUAUCUAGAAUCGAUGCCGGCGACAGCGAUGUAUCAACAGCCGUAUCAAGGAUCUGAGCAGUAUUUGCCGGUUCCCAAGAAGCAGGACAAGAGGUUGAGGAAGAAGUCGGCGUGGGCUUCGACUGUAGAUCUGUCGAGGAUGCGAGAAGAGACUCCGUAUAGACAACCACAAGGCUGGCAAAGCAGUGCCAACCUGGUCUCUUCCAGCCGAUUUGAUGACUGUCCCAUCGUCAGAUCGAUGAACCAGACAGCCGCUCUGUGCGACCAGGUUGCUGCCAGAGUCAACGAAGCGCUGGGACGAUUGGACCGCGAGUACGAGAACGAUGAUGAUGAGCUCGUCAAUGCGGCGAGAGAGCUGUCCCUCGCAGAGGUGCAAGCAACCGAGCAAGCGAAGAGCGGCUUCAUCGAUUUCAAAAAGACCUGGCAGUAUGGGAAUUCGCGACUUCCACCAUUCCUCCCGCCAAUGAAGCUCUACAUGGCUACUUGGCAGAUCGUAUGCAUGGCAGCUCAGGCGUCGAUGGAUGUGUACCGGAGGCCGAAGAGAGGAGAGCGUGAGGAUUAUGUUGAGGCGGAUUGGAGGCAUGGGACCAAGGCGAUGGUGAUCAAGAGUAGGCCUGUUGAUGACAAGAAUCUCAUUGUCCUGGCGAUACGCGGUAGCAAGUGGAACAUUGUCGACUGGGCUGUCAACUUUCGUCCUGCACCUUCCGAGCCGGUUGGUUUUCUGGACGACGAAGGGAAUGCAUGUCAUGCUGGCUUCUUGCAAGUCGCGAGGGCGAUGGUCUCGCCGAUUGCUGCGCGAUUAAGAUAUCUCCUGGAGCAGAAUCCAUCUCGGGCGUCCAGCUCACUGCUGUUGACCGGUCACUCGGCAGGUGGUGCUGUUGCCAGUCUCCUGUACAUGCACAUGAUGGCCACCAGCUUCGAGUCUGAACUCAACAUCCUCACGGGGUGCUUCAAGAGAGUGCAUUGCGUUACUUUUGGCACUCCUCCCCUGACAUUCUUGCCGCUGCAGAAGCCUGCUGGCCGACGGUAUGAGAGAAACGUCUUCAUGACGUUUGCAAACGAGGGCGAUCCAAUUGUCCGUGCCGAUAGACAGUACCUGAGCACCUUGACCAGGAUAAUCGCGGCGCCUUCACCCAUCUCGACUUCCAGCUCUUCUCAAGGCCUGCGGCAGAAAGUAUCCAGACAGGCGCUCAAGGCCAGCAAUCACGUAGGAAGCAGGAUCGUUCCAGUGCGCUGGGAAGUUCCUCCAGCCACGCUCUCCAAUGCUGGACGAAUGGUUCUGCUGAGGGAGAAGCCUGCGAAGCGCAACGUCGUUGAGGCGGUCCAGGUGACUGAUGAGGACCUCCGGGAGGUGGUCUUUGGUGACCCUGAGAUGCAUUAUAUGGAGCUGUAUAAGCGCAGAAUUGAUGAGCUUGCCAUCGCUGCCGUCACUGGUCGGGGUCUUGGGUGA